CGCUUCUCCGGCCCCGUCAAGUAGUGGUCGGAGGCCGCCGGAAAGCUCUCUCCGGCCGGCGGCACCAACCUCCUCGAGAAGGGCAGCUUCGAGUACUACGCCGAACUCGCCUACUCGACCGCCUCCUCCGCGGCCGCCAGCUCGUCGAGUCCACCGACAGCCUCGCUUUCUCCGACGGCAACUCCACUUUUCAGAUCACCUCUUUGGGAUAUUCGCAUUAUACGACGGUGCAAUUGGGGACGCCGGGAAUAAAGUUUAUGAUGGCGCUUGAUACUGGGAGUGACCUGUUUCGGGUGUCUUGUGAAGGAACAGCUUAUGCUCCUAAUUUCGAGGUCACCAAAUAUGACCCCAAAAGGUCAUCGACUAGCAAGAAAGUCUGUUGCAGCGUAAUAAAUGUCUGGGAGCAUUCAACACUUGCCCUUAUAGGGUCUCUUAUAUAUGUCUCUGAUCAAACUUCUACUUCUGGGAUAUUGGUAGAGGAUGUUCUGCACUUAACAACAGAAGUCAUCACGAAUAUGUUGAGGCAUACAUUUCCUUUGGUUGUGGACAGGUGCAAAGUGGUUCAUUCCUGGAUAUUACUGCUUCUAAUGGUUUGUUUGGUCGUGGUAUGGAGAAGAUGUCUGUUCCUAGCAUUUUAUCCCGGGAAGGCUUUACUCUCUUCCAUCCAUCAAGUUCAUUCGGUAAAGUACAUUACGACCAUACACCUCAGUCCUUCUCCUUUUUCUCUACUCUUCUAGACAUACUGGUAUCUUCUCUCCAAGGCAAAAUACUAAAUCUGUAAUAGCUCAAAGAAAACAGAGAAGUCAUCAUGGCUAUUCACUACCCAAGAAUCUGAAAUUCUUCUUUGCUUACUGCUGCC